AUGAGAGAAAUAAUACAUAUAGGUUUGGGAAAUUGUGGAGUUAGAAUAGGAUGCAAAUUUUACGAAUAGCUUAUCUAAGAUUACUAAAUAGAGAAUAAUAGGACAUGUGAGAAGCCAGCUGAAGGAAUUGAGGUACAUUUUAGUGAAAUUGGGGACAAAAAAUUUGUUCCUAGAUCAAUCUUAUGUUCAAGAGAUGUGGAGCAAAUACUGGCUAAUCCAUAAUCACUAAUUUUUAAUCCCAAUAACUAUUAAUUAGAGUUGGAUGAGAGUUUGCGUAAAGAGAUGGAAAUAUGUGAUAACUGCCAAGGAAUACAGAUUACUCAUCAUUUAAGCACGGACAUCAGUAUGUUACAAGAUCUACUUCAAUAUUACGACAAAGUAGUUUAGACUUUCACAAUCUUUCCAAAUCAGGAGUAUGGACAUGAUAUUGUUAAAAGUGCAUAAAACUUGAGGUUUCUUGAAGCAUUAAAUGUGGUAGCCUUUGACAAUUCUGGAUUGAAUGAAUACUAUGCACGAUAAUAUAAAUCCACUUUGACCUUUAAUGAUUACAAUGCCUUGGUGGCAACUGUUAUGAAUUCAGUGACAUCUCCAAUGAGAUAGAGCAGCACAUACACUUUAGAGAAGAUGUAUUCUGUGAAAUCAUAAAUGAAUGUUGAGGUUUGUAAGUUGGUUUAGGACAAGCAAUCUCAAAUCAAUCUGUAAUAAAUGUUAGAUACAAAGCUGUUGAUUGAGACAAAUUAGAAUGUGAAUGAAAAGAUCAUUUAAGCCACUCUUUUAGCAAGAACUAAUCAGUUAACUCCAAAUCAAUUGCAUUAGUAACUGUAAUCAACUGCGAAAUCCUUUUACAAUAACAUUAUCAAUCUAAAUUAUUAAAUAUCACCAUACAAAUAAGAGAUUUUGGUGUCUUUGUAUAAAUCCUCACAUAUAAAGUUCAAGUUGUAGUAAUUAAAGAGUAACUCCCAAUUGUUCUAAACAAGAAAGGCUUUCAAUGAGGUGUAUCAGUGGGAUGAAAACCCAGACAAUCUUGAAUAUUUAAAUAAAUUGAUUUCAUUGUGUGAUCAAAUUGUCAAUACUCAUUAAGAACAGCAAUAGCAACAAUAACAAUAGAGUUCAGUUUAAGCCUCGAGUCCAAUAUCAGUGUCUGAGAAUAAGAUGGACAGACAACGUGAUUACAUUAAAUCGUCAGAAUAGGUUGAGGCGUCUCCAAAGAAGCAAAUAACUGGAGGAUAGUCAAUUGCUCUGGGGUAACCAAAUGCUAUACAACAGUCAAUUGCUCUGGGACAGUAAGUUAUAUCAAGAAAUGGAUGA